UUUUUUUGGAUUCCACUCCGCGAAACACACUCCCUGUGCAGCGAUGGAACUUGGAGCAUCUUUGUUCUAUCUCGAUCCAAUCGAAGGUGAAUGCGCAAUGCUGUCCAUUUUCCUCUGCUUUCUUUUCUGUAUCUCAUACUGCUGAUUGCAAUACCCGAUUCCCGCGAAUGGUUAAAGGCCACCUUAAAAUGUAUGCUCCAACAAACCGAAGGAUGAAUUUGUAUUUAUCUUCUUUCUAUUAGAGAAAUCUCCAUUUACACUUUUGGGUGCUCAUUACAGUACAUCCUGAUUUAGGAAUUUUUAUUUGGAGAUGAUUACUCACGAGCAAGAUCCUGAUGUCGUUCGAUGGGGCCUUGAACUCUUUGAUGGCAAUCCAUUUUCUAAUUACGGGUAUUGCGGAAAUGUUGAUCAUGAUGAGAUACAAUACUAUCAAGGACAAUGUUUUGAUGCAGAUAGUUAUGACAAGAUAUGCAACAUAGAAAAUAGUGAGCUUAUUGCUCAAACUCUCCAAGAACUCUCACAGCUUGCAGUGGCAGAGCCAGUAUCCUUUGAUGAAGGGAUAGAAAAUGUACAACUUUCCAUGUGUCCACAAGAUUGGUUUACUCUGUCCAUUAAUACAUUUGGUUCUGAGCAUAAUAAUGAUCUGGAAGAGGAAGAUGAUAGUUCAUGUGCCAUGCCUGUCGAGACAUCCUACAGUGGGGAUGACUGGUCAUAUUCUUUAGAGCUGACUGAUGAGUAUGCCCUUGAUGGAGAAGUGGGAAAAAGAUUGAAUCAGAUGGUCUCAAUUCCUCAUAUUCCAAAAAUUAAUGGAGAAAUUCCUUCUGUUGAUGAAGAAGCUUUAGAUCAUCAAAGACUAUUGGACAGACUGCAGCUAUAUGAUUUGAUCGAGUUGAAAGUACAAGGAGAUGGUAAUUGUCAGUUUCGUGCUCUGUCAGAUCAAAUUUAUCGAACUCCUGAGCACCAUAAAUUUGUGAGGGAGCAAGUUGUUAACAAGCUAAAGUCAUGUCCAGAGAUAUACGAAGGAUAUGUUCCCAUGGCCUACACUGACUAUCUGAAAAAAAUGUCCAAGAGUGGGGAAUGGGGCGAUCAUGUCACUUUGCAGGCUGCUGCAGAUACGUAUGGUGUUAAAAUUUUCAUGAUUACAUCAUUCAAAGAUACCUGCUACAUUGAGAUUCUUCCUAACAUUGAAAGGUCCAAAAGAGUUAUUUGCUUGAGCUUUUGGGCUGAAGUGCACUAUAACUCAAUAUAUCCUGAAGGAGAUGUUCCCAUGUUGGAGACGAGGAACAAUAGGUGGUGGAUGCUUCAAAACGAGCAUCAUCUGGAAUGACGGCUCAGAUAGCAAUUUUCAAAUAUUUGCUAAUCACAGUCUUCACCAAGCUUUAUGGACAUUUCAGUCCUAGUUCGAUCCAUAAGAGUUCAGCAACUUGGUUCCUUUAUGCUGCCAUGCUUUUUGAUUAAUGUGUGCAUCUAUCUCUAACAUUUUCCUGGAAUCUUUUCGUUCCCCCCCNCCCCCCCCCCC